AUGGCCAUGGAUAUCAAACCUUCGCUACUCUCUUUUCUAGUGGUGCUACUCUUCCUUUUGUUUGCUCAAUCCUCAAAUGCAACCAACAAAAUUGUUGAAGUGAACAAAAUUUGCAACACAACCAUACACCCUUCAUUUUGUUCAAAAAUUCUAAACUCAAAACCCGGUGGUACAAACCGUGCAGAUCUAAUUACCCUUGUAAAUUACACAAUUGGUGUUGUUCGUUCCAACGUUACAAACACAAUUCGUCUCAUUAAGUCUCUAAUAAGAAAUUCAACUAAUUCAGAUGCGAAAGAUCAUUACGAAUUGUGUUUGAAACAUUUCGAUUACGACGAAGGCGCAUUAGGCGAAGUGGAAUACGCUGAGAAAAUGCUGAAGGCGAAGGAUUACCAAGGUGUUAAUGUUGCUGCUUCUGGUGUUAUGGCGACGGUUGAUGGUUGUGUUUUUGGUGAUUCACCAAGUGAUCCUGUUUUUCCUGAUCAUUCUUCGCUACCGAAAUAUGCUGAAUAUGUGAAGCAAGUUGCGGAUAUUAUUUGUGCCAUUUGUAACUAUUUGACGGGUAUUUAUAAGUAA